UUCUUCUUUCUAAAACCCCAAACCCUUAAACACACAAACCUUAUCUUUAGAGAGAGAGAAACCAUGUCUGCCUCAGCCUCUUCCUCUCUAGCCCUAGCCUCUCUCACUCCUAAAACUCUCUCUCUCUUCGCCUCCAAACCCACUUCGCUUUCUCUGUCCUCUCUCUAUUCUCCUUCUUCUUCUUUCGCUUCUCUCAAGCUAUACGCCGGCAAUGUUAAUGUCGUUUGCGUUUCGGCAAGGGGGUUUCGGGGCUUGUCGUCGUCGUCGCCGUGCCGUUUCGUCCCCAAAGUCGCCGUUUCGUCGGAGUUCGACCAGGACGAGGAUGUUCUGAGCGACGGCGGAGAGGAGCCCGGUUUCUCUCCCGACCUCAAACUCUUUGUCGGUAAUCUUCCCUUCAGCGUUGACAGCGCCCAGCUCGCUGGGCUCUUCGAGAGAACCGGGAAUGUGGAGAUGGUUGAGGUGAUUUAUGACAAGACGACUGGAAGAAGUAGAGGGUUUGGUUUUGUGACCAUGUCUUCUAUCGAUGAGGUUGAAGCAGCCGCUCAGCAGUUCAAUGGCUAUGAACUUGAAGGGAGGCCAUUGAGGGUGAACUAUGGACCGCCUCCUUCCCGUGAAGACGAUUCCUUUCCAAGAGGUCGCAGAGGUGGUGGUGGUGGUGGUGGUGGUGGUGGUGGUGGUGCAGGUUAUGAAACUGGCAACCGGGUCUAUGUGGGUAACCUUUCAUGGGGUGUUGAUAAUGCAGCUCUUGAGAGCUUGUUUAGUGAGCAAGGAAAGGUUUUGGAAGCCAAGGUGGUUUAUGAUAGGGACAGUGGUAGGUCCAGGGGUUUUGGCUUCGUAACCUAUAACACUGCUGAUGAGGUCAACAGCGCUAUCAAUUCCUUGAAUGGUGUUGACUUGAACGGAAGAUCCAUUCGAGUGACCCAUGCCGAAGCGAAACCAAGGCGCUCGUUUUGAAUAUUGAAUCCUCUGUUUGUCCCUGGAUAAUAAAAGACUGAGGGAAAUUAGGAGCAAUGCAGCUGCACCCUGUGGCUUCACCAGGAAAUUGCAGAAUAUAGCUUACUGACUGCGACGAAUUGCGCACAAGCAGCGGUUUUUUGGCCAUGGAUGGACGAGGGAUCAAGAUGAUUUUUUCUUUGUUAUUAUUUUAAAGCUUAAAUUAAUGUAUGCGAUUGGUGUGUUAAACUAAGUUAAGGAAUGGAUUUUGUAGUCAACCCCUUGUCAAGUUUUUCAGAUUCAGUAAAAGAGAAGCUAAAAAGGCAAUAAUCUGAACCCAGUUUGAGCAACAAUCCUAUGCCUUUUGAGGAAUAUGUUGGUAACAAUUGUAUGCAUUUGAAAAAUGUUUCAAUUAUAUCCUUUUUGGCAGGA